UUUCAUUUCAAUCCCAAAAGUCAUUCACAGCAAACAUGGUCGUCACCAGGCUCUUCCUCAGAAUUCACUCUCUUCCCCUCACCACACUCCCUCCAACACUCAUCUUCCCCAAAUUGCCCCCCCUCACAGUCUGUCUCUGCUACUCCACCACCACCCAAGCCCUAACCCAAACCCGAAUUCAUGACCCGGUCCUCUCUUACGGACCCUCCCUCCACAAAGGAACCAAACCGCAACCCGAACAUCAACAACAAGAGCAACGAGAUGACAUAAUCGACGAACAAAGCUUCACACGGGUCUUCGACCUCGCGGCGCUUCGUGUCCCCGCAAAAGACUGCUUUGCUCUCGAGAGUCGACUCCGAGGCCACCUCUUGAACUGGCCUCGCAUUCGCAAUAUUGCCCGAGUCCCCGGCGAUGAGGUCGACCCGGAGGUCAUAGAUCUAUUAGGACGCCAAGGCCAAGGUUUAAGCACUGAAGAAGAAGAAGAAGAAGGAAAUCUAGUCUCGUUGGAACGAAGAAUUUACGGAAAAGCGGAGGGCGACGGCGACGUUUUGAGCCCGGUGUUGUACAGGGAUAAGCUGGCCAGGACGUUUAAUUCGCGAGGGUAUGUGAGAUUUAGGAAUUUGGCGAGGAUUUCGAGGCCGAAUAGGAAGAAGAAGAGGAAGGAGGAGGAGGAGGAGAUGGGUGGGGGCAAUAAGGGAAUUGGGAAGAAUGAGACUGCUUUGGUGGAGGUUGUGGAGGGAGAGGAGGAAGGGGAGGAAUUGAAGGGUUUGUUGGGGGAUGAGUUUAAGGGGAAGACGAGGAAGUGGAAGGGUUCGACGAGGUUGUUGCUUUUGGACGAGCGGUAUGCGGCGAGGGACGUGGAGGACUUGCCAGAGGCAAUCAAGGCUGUAUUGAAAGAAGAUAUGGAGGAAAGUACAGAAUCAGCUUUUGAGCUCGUUAGAUGCACGCUGACAUUGUUUUAUGAUUACUGGCAGAUGAAUGAGAUAUUGGAGGGCUUGCUACCAAAGGGUAUAAUAGUUCCAUCAGCUUUUGAAACAGUUGGGCAUAUUAUUCACCUGAACCUGAAGGAAGAACAUCUACCGUACAAGAAUCUUAUAGCAAAGGUUGUUCUGGACAAAAAUAAGCCAAAGAUACAGACAGUUGUCAACAAGAUUGAAGCCAUUCAUAAUGACUACAGAACAAUGCAGCUGGAAGUUUUAGCUGGAAACCACUCUCUUGUGACAACAGUAGUUGAGAAUGGAAUGCGAUUUCAUGUUGAUUUAACAACAGUGUAUUGGAAUUCAAGGCUUGCUACCGAAAGACAAAGGCUUCUGAAUGGCUUUACUCACCAUGAUGUUGUUUGCGAUGUUUUCUCUGGGGUUGGUCCACUAGCUGUAUCGGCUGCAAAGAUAGUAAAACGUGUUUAUGCUAAUGAUCUGAACCCAUAUGCGGUUGAAUAUUUAGAAAGGAAUUGUGUGCUCAACAAAGUUGAGAAGAAACUUGAGGUCUUUAACAUGGACGGGAGGAGGUUCAUCCAGGCCAUAUUUGCAAGUGAGAAAGCUAAGCGCAUCACACAAGUGGUUAUGAAUCUGCCAAAUGAUGCUGCAGAGUAUCUAGAUGCAUUCAGGGGAAUAUUCAGACAUAGACCGAAGAAUGGAGAUUUCACGUUCCCAAUGAUCCAUGUUUAUGGAUUCUCUAAAGCUCAAGAUCCAGAGUUUGACUUUCAUGAGCGAAUAAGAAUUGCAUUGAAAGAGAUGGCAGUUGAUGUAGAAAUGCGAAGAGUACGCCUUGUUGCGCCAGGAAAAUAUAUGCUAUGCGCAUCAUUUGUCCUCCCUGAAACGGUAGCAUUUGCAGAUAGUGAACUAGAUGUGUAAAAAGCUGAGGGUAGGCUGUACCCAAAUUUUGUAUUGUAAUGUGUAGUAAUUUCUUCAAACAUCAAUUAUAAAAUCGAUAUUUUCAAAUGCAUUUUUAUAUGGACUCUCUAUUUAUAGAUAUAUAUGCAUUUUUAUAUGGAGUAGUUAAUUU